GGACCGGAAGUGAGGUGUUUUCCUCGACUGUUGGCUUCCGGUCUGGUGGUUCCUGACGGGGCGAGUGAAAGAAGGGACGGCGAAGCGAAGCCCUCUGGGGAGGAAAGGGGGGCGCCCUUCUCGGCGGCAAUGGAGAAGCUCCGGCGGGUGCUGAGUGGGCAGGACGACGAGGAGCAGGGGCUGACGUCGCAGGUACUUGAUUCGUCAUCUCUUAGUUUUAGUACCCGGGUGAAAUGGUUUGCCAUCUGUUUUGCAAGUGGCAUAUUGUGUUCUAUUCUUGGGACAGCAAUGCUGUGGCUCCCAGGUGGUGGUAUGAAACUCUUUGCAGUAUUCUACACAUUAGGAAAUAUUUCUGCUUUAUCCAGUACUUGCUUCUUGAUGGGUCCUGUGAAACAGCUGAAAAAGAUGUUUGAGCCAACAAGAUUAAUUGUGACAAUUGUCAUGCUGCUCUCUUUUAUACUCACCUUAUGUGCUGUGUUCUGGUGGCAUAAGAGAGGGCUAGCCCUGCUUUUCUGCAUUAUGCAAUUCUUGGCAAUGACCUGGUACAGUCUGUCAUAUAUUCCUUAUGCAAGGGAUGCUGUGAUGAAAUGCUUCACAUCCUGCCUAAGUUAGAGGGAACAAAGAGAAACUUUUCAAUGAUAUUAGAAGCCAAUUUUAUUUCUCCAAGUUUACUCUUUUGUGUCAGAUCCCAAAAUGGUGAAAAAAUUUCUUUUACAAUUGGGGAUUAAAUUAUGCUAGCAGAAUAUAUAUAUUUUCAAAACUGCCCACAACACCUGCAUAAAUCAUUUAUUUUCCUCACAAAAUGGUCUCAAAAGUGCUAGAUCAGAUUCUGCUAACAUAAUUUACUCUCAAAAGUAGCAUUUGGACUCCAGGUAAAAUGUAUGUAAAUAAUUUUGUCUUGGUUUUGCUAUUUAUCUUUCCUGUUAAUGCAUUAUUUGUUAUAUGCUUCCCAAAGAUCUUUAACAUUGUAAAAUUACGUAUUUUACUAAAUAUAUAGCUAUGGAGCUCUCUGAAAUACUUAAACUGGUAUGCUAUGGAAAGGAUGGAAACAUGUAAGAUGUCUCGUAAUAAACACGUGAACUUUUCUUUUGUUAAACUUUAUAAAUACCAACUUUUUAUAUUGUGAUACUUUAAAAAUACUUGAAUAAAAGUGCUUAUGAAUAAUAUAUUAAAUCAGUGAUUACAGACAAAAAUAAAAUUAUUUUAAAAUGCCA